UACUCCAGCUCUCCUCGGCCUCCAGUGGUUGCGCCCGCAGCCCGCUGGCCACAGAGACGACCUGGUGGAAGCCAACGAGCGAGCGAGCCGCGAGAGCGUGAGGCAAACCAGUGAUCAACUGAUCAUCAUCCAAGUAGCUAGCGAGCGCAGCCACACCUCACACUACUUUACCAUGACGAUGGACACCCCGGCCGCCGUGGUGCUGGAGCUGAUGACCAUGGGGCAGCAGUCCGCGGCGCACCUCGGGGACCUGCUCCGUACCGCGUCCCCGGCGGCGUCGCCGCACCAGGAGCUCGCCGCCGAGAUCCUCCGCUGCUGCGGCCGCGUCAUCGACGCGCUCAGGGCCACCGCCAGCGGUCGCAAGAGGAAGGCGCCCGAGUACCACCAGGAGGUAGCGCCGCCAGCGGCAGGAGCUUAUUGGUCUCCUCCUCCUCCGGGGCCGCCGCCCAAAAGAAGGGCGCGUGGGGCGGAGGCCGUGAAGGAGGUGACGAGCGGGACGACGGUGGACGGCUUCAUCUGGAGGAAAUACGGGCAGAAGGAGAUCAACGGGCACAAGCACCCGCGGCUCUACUACCGCUGCGCGCACAAGCAGCAGCAGGGCUGCAACGCCACCCGGCGGGUGCAGCGGACGCGGGACCACCCCGCGGCGUACGAGAUCGCCUACUACGGGGAGCACACCUGUAGGGGCGCGGCCGCUGCGGCGUGCCACCUCCAGGGAGGCGCGCCGCCGCCCGCUGUCGUCGACUUCGGAUCCACCUCCUGGGGGUCCGCCGACGCGAGCACGGGCGGCUCGCCGGCGGCCUCCAUGUCGCAGUCGCAGGGAGGCUGGUCGCCGCCGCCGUCGGUCUCGCCGUCGCCGUCGUCGGAGGUCGGGUUCGAGUUCGAGGCCCAGACGAACGAGUGGCACGACAUGGCGACAGUCGACCAGCUGAUCUGCGCGACGACUCCUUGCUACGCUUCUGAUCCGGUGAUGGAGUUCUUGGACGGGAGCCUCGGCUGGGAGUCCGUCCUCCUCAACGACCCACUUGACUUCGCCGGUCUCCAUCACAUUGCUACUACGUUUCAGUAGCUUCGUUAGCAGCUCAGCCGUGUUGUGCCCAAUCUGGGCAGGACAGUAGAUUUGGAUGUGUAGUCGACGUCGUUGUAGUACGCUCCGACCGGGCAGUAAUGAAUGGCGACCCACGAGGGCCGAGUCUCUCUCAGGCUCUGCUCGAGACUCGAGAGGUUUGCCGUAGAGCUAGAGCACACCACCGAUUAAUUGGUUUCUAUAGUAUGCUAGUAGGAAUUGUAUCUUGUUUCAGCAGACACCUGGACAUGUUAAUACAGAAAUACGUAUGGAAUAUUUUCUUAAAAAAA